AUGCCCUCCAUUGCGGUUGUAGACAUUGCGGGUGGCUCCGAAGCCCAAACCAAGCUGCAAACGGAUCCGCGCGGUACCUUGUCUGCACCAUCCAAGACCUCAACAAAGCGCAAGGCUAGCGCCGUCAAGCUCGAUUUGAUGUAAGUGAGUUCAGGUCGCGGCGUCUUUAGCUUUGAUCUCGAAUCAUGGUGACUCAGGCCGUCUCUUCGCACAAAACGGCUUUGGCAGCGCCUUGAGAAGCAGAGCUAUCAGUCCAGGUGGCUUUGGUGGGCACGCGACGCCUGAUUACGGAUCAUUUCCUAAUGACAGCCUCCCCGACGGAGCUGUUCAGAGAAGAGAUGGAAGCCUCGAAAUAGGCCAAAGCCGCACACGCAAUGGCGGACUCGCACAUUUGGAGGGCAUUGAUUGCAGUAAAGCAAGUCGUAGAGUGGCCUGGUAAGUGUCGGGGUGCAGAAAAUCUGGUGGUGGUGCUUGAGGGCAGCAUUGCGGGCGAGAGGUCUUUGGCUGAUAAAGCUUCGCGUCGCCCCGGGUGGUCCUCGCUAGGCUAAUUCUGUUGGACUUGCAGUACCACAUUCCAUCAUUGGUAGAAAUACCAAAUAAAGCAACGUCCACAGCCAAAGAUGAGCCUUCGCUAGAAGAGCACUUUGCCAAUCUGCUGCGCGAAGAAUGGGAGCCGCGCGAAGAUCGCCUGCAUCCCACUUCCCGACACAAAAGUGCAAAACUGGCAUCAGACGACGAAUCAGACUGGCAAACUGCUUUACCCCGACACAAAAAGAGGAAAGAGCGAGUUGCCAAGGCUAGUACAGCCGCUUCGAGUGACGCUGGGGUGGAGAGGGACGAUGAGAGGAGCGCCGCUGCAUCGACAUCAAGCUUUGGUGCAGGGGCAAGCACCACCACAACAGGAAGUGUCAACCAGAAUAAGCUUCUGAACGACACCAAAGAAUCCGCUCGUCCGCGUCAAGAGGAGGCCUUGAAUCCAUCAAAGAAGAAGCGAAGGCCAAAAGGGGCGAAGGGCCUUCGACGUGCCAAGGAGCAUAAAGAUGAGUCUCAAGUUGCACUCGACGUCAACAGGAGUUUUGUUGGUGAUGCUUGGAGCUCGAGUGAGUUGUCGUGCGCCAGUGUCUCGAAAGCGUGACGCGCUGCAGAUCCGCGAUGUGGCGCUCAUUGUAUUUGUGCUCUUUGUGUCCCCAUGCAGACGUCCCUUUAGUCGAGAGAACCCAUCGUCGCAAGCAGCUGUCAGAAGUCGUGGCGCACGUGCUGCGGCGACAUCCUGCGUUGUCCUACUACCAAGUGAGGCUGUCCCUCUCUCAAAUCUGGUCCGUCAGCGGAGGCUGAUCUGAUCAAAUUUUUACGAUAAAAAAAAGGGCUAUCACGAUGUAAUAUCUGUCCUUAUCGUCACCCUUGCGCCAACGAUCCCGGAGAUUGUAUCCGAAGAGGAGGGUGCGAGCCUGUGGUGCACUGCGGCAGAAGGAAAUUUGGUGAAGGACGCAGCAAUCAGGCUCAGUCUCCACUGGCUAAGAGAUUUCAUGUCUACUGGCCUAGAGCCUGCUCUAGGUGCCUUAAAGUGAGUUGAUGGAAGCAAAUGCCUCUCAAGCCAAUGAGAGAGCGCACGUUCACCACAACACUUGCUUGACUUCUCACAGGGUACUUCACAAUCUAUUGCGAGCUGCUGAUGCAGAGCUGGCCAAGGCUGUAGAGAUGUGAGUCCGUCACAGCUCCAACAGCGGCUAUGAUCGCUAAAAGUAUUUAUCGCCGACCCGACGCAGAGCAUCUCCUUUGCCGUAUUUUGCGCUUUCGUGGAUCAUUUCGAUGCUUUGUCACGACCUUGGACCAUGCGAAAGCGCUCGGGCACUCGACUACUUUCUGUGCGCUGGGCCGGCAGGCACCAUUUAUUUUACAGCCUCUGUGAGUUGGGACCGCCUCAUUACCAAGCUUGCGGUGUUGUCGUCUGACCUUAGUGCCGCAUUUCUACACUUCAUGUCAUCGCACACAUGACAGCUCUUGAUAGCCAAUAGAGACGCUUUGCUGGCCCUUGCAGAAGUCGAUGCGGAUCCCGCAGAGCUGCAUCACCACUUGUCUCAGCUGGUCAACUCCAUGUCUGAGUCUGGUCCUGCUACAGACGUCCUCGCCCAGAUCCUCAGCUCGGCCAGCCUCCUACAAAACAAAUACCCCUUGUGCUCGCCACAAGCAGAGACAGACCGUAUUAUGGGACCCAAAUCGGUCCUUUGUUCCUUUGACAAGAUAAAGAGGCAAGCGAAUGCGGAACAGUGGAUGGCAAAAGAUAAAGAAGCAGAACGCAUCCUGAGCGGACCUCUAGAUUGGAUCGUCCUUGACUAUUCGCCUAGCUCGCCAGAAGCCGACGUGGAGGUGGAGAAGGACAACGUGAAUCGGAUCGACACCAAGUUGGACAAAAGAGUACCCAACGGAGGCCAUGCUGCUCUGCUUGUCGCUGGUGCGCUGGGAGCUGCUACCGCCGUCAUUCUUUACGGAGCUUCGAGCGGGCAAUUGCCUCCCCAGACUAUGUCUCUGCUCAGAUCGCUGGCUGGGCGGGGACGGCUCUGA